ACUGCAAGAGCACACCAUGUCCCAAUGGAUCGAAAUGCGUUCCAAACUAUCUCACGGACACUUACGUUUGCCUAGAGCUUAUUCAAGUCAGCGUCAAAUCAGGGAUGACUUUGGAAUUCCACGUGAAGGGCGCUCUAUACCAACAUGAUAGGGAUGGAAUAAACAUACUUGUUCUCAAUAAUGAUGGAAGCAUUAACACGCCAGUAACAGGCUUUACAUCAGCCGAUCAAUUAUCAUAUUACAUUAGUUCUCUUAGCCCGGGUAAGAUUGUUCUAAUGGGUGUACAUAUUAAGGGAAUAGCACAGGACAACCACAUGCCAGACAGCCAAACCUUUACCCAAUCUAUUGCUGCGCUUAAGUCUAUAGGCUCUAGCUUGACAGCUUAUAAUCAGAUUGAAGGAAAACCGGGAUGGGCACUGAUAGGUUGUAAGGAUGAACAAAAACCAUGGAUAGCGGAAAGCCUCACCGAUACGCCCCUAACUGCGGCCAUCCCUCACCUGAAAUGAAAACUAUUAGUCUAUGCAUGGCGGACGCUAACAAAAGUAGAAGUAGUUUCAAUGAGUAAUUAUUAAUGUCAAUUCUUGGUUACAAACUUAUUGGAUAAGGUUUUUGUGAUACCCGAUCGAAAUUAUCGAUUUCGAGGCAAGUUCAAUCAGUCGAGGCGGGUUUGCAUUUAAAGGCCCAGUUUGCACCAUUAUGCUUUGAGCGCCUCUGUUAUUGUUAUGAUUUACACCAUAAUACUUCUUAGUAUCCAAAUAUCACCAUAAAACGAAUAUCAGAUGGUUUUAAAACUCUAAUAGUAACGUUUAAAGUGCUUAGAAAAGUGAGAUGGUCAAAGAUUCGAAACGCACAGUACACUUUAUAGACUUUCGGUAAACUGAAAAUGGCCGCCUUCAGGCCCCAAAGCAUAAUGGUGCACACUGGGGCUUUAAAAAGGGAGAUUCAAAAACCGUCUUUUUGGCGCUUACGGGUGCAACCUACACUUUAUCGUAAAGGUUAUAGUUGCCAUUGUCUAUCCAAUUACAUUUUCGGUAAUCUGCUGCUGGUGUAUGACCAUUCAAUGUAGUAUAUAUCUUAACCAAUCAUUCAGACUUCAUUCAUUCACUUCAUUCAGAUAUAUUUAGCACAAUGUAGAUUAUUGGACUGGGGAUUACGUCAGAAAUAAAAGUGAU